AUGGCAAAUGUCCUUGACAGUGAAAGUGGCAUUAAUGGAGCCACCGCUCUGUCCGCCUCUGCGCUGAACACUUUGGAGGAUGGAAAGACAUGUAAAAGUGGUCAAAUAGGAGCAGAUGAAGAAAUUGAUGACUUCAAAGGAAGGCUAGCUGAAGUAGAAGAAAUAAUAGCAGAAAAAGAGGCCAAAACCCAAGCUAUUCUUUUAGAGAUGGCAGUGACCUUUGAGGAUGUGGCUGUGGACUUCACCAUGGAGGAGUGGGCUUUGUUGGAUCCAUCCCAGAAGAAGCUCCACGGAGAUGUGAUGUGGGAGAACUUUAGGAAUGUGACUGCUGUAGGAAGAAUCUGGGAUAACCAGCAAAUUGAACAUGAGUACACAAAUUAUGGGAAAAAUCUAAGGACACAGAGGCAUCAUAAAAUACAUGAAAGAAUUCAUACUGGUGAAAAACCCUGUGUAUGCAAGCAUUGUGGGAAAGCUUUCAUAGCACAGAGGCAGUGUAAAAAACAUGAAAUGACUCAUACUGGGGAGAAACCUUAUGUAUGUAACCAAUAUGGGAAAGCUUUCAGUUGGCACUGUAUAUAUAAAAUACAUGAAAAAACUCACACUGGGGAAAAACCCUAUGCAUGUAAGCAAUGUGGGAAAGCUUUUACCAGACACAGUCAUUGUCGAAGACAUGAACGGACUCACACUGGGGAGAAACCUUAUGUAUGUAACCACUGUGGGAAAGCUUUCAGCCGGCACAGUUCUUGUCAAAUACAUGAACAAAAUCACACUGGGGAGAAACCCUAUGCAUGUAAGCAAUGUGGGAAAGCUUUCACCCUGCAGAGUUAUUGUCAAAGACACGAAAAAACUCACACCGGGGAGAAACCCUAUGCUUGUAAGCAAUGUGGGAAAGCUUUUACCAGACACAGUCAUUGUCAAAGACAUGAAAGGACUUGCACUGGGGAGAAACCCUAUUUAUGUAAACAAUGUGGGAAAACUUUUAGGACACAGAGUAAUUGUAAAAAGCAUGAGGGGACUCACACUGGGGAAAAACCCUGUCCAUGUAAGUAA